UGCGGUAAAUAGGGAGAGAGAGCGGCGGCACAGGUUCGAGGUGAAAGUGCUCAGGGAGACGGGGGGAGAGGGAGCGGGUGAGACGCGGGUGCCCGACCCGAGGACAACCCGAGUCCAGGAUCCGAACCGAGGGCGGACAAGUUGGGCUCGUUGAGAAGGAGCCCAAGAAGCGCGUGAGGUCUGCGGUCCCGAGGGAAUCGCGCGCCACGCCACGGCAACGGGGACCACGGUUCUAACAGCCCACCGUUGUUUUUUCCCUCUUCUCAACGUUCGGUGGACACCUUCCCAGAAUAACACGACGCGGUUUUGACGCUCCGAACUUCUUCCGGUUCACAUACGGUCACAGCCGGAGGAAGAGCGCGACCGUUUCGGCGGCACCGGGUUCCCGAGCGCCUCUCCGAGUCUUCGGAUGGUUUUCUGAAGACGCGGAGUCGCUGUCGAGCUAACUGUUGGGCGCGGGGCUCUCGGCCGGUUGUGGGGACCAUGUGGAACGGGAACUCCUCCCUGCUCGACUCAGUGCUGCAUGGUCACCCACCAUGCGUGGAGUGGUCCAACAGCACGGAGGGCGCCCUCUACCACCUGGGCAACACGCUGCUCUGGCUCGGCUACAUGGGCGGCAGCGGUGCCUUCGGCGCCCUCUACAUCUUCGGCUGUCUUGCGCCCGCCUUCCUCUGCCACGCCCUGUGGGGCUGGCAGCUGGCGUGCGGAGCGGUGCCCGCGGUCGCCUGGAACGGGCUGCUGGGGGCGCUGUGCGUGCUGCAGCUGGCGCACAUCAUCUACCGGCUGCAGAGGAACCGGCUGCCCGGCGAGGAGUUCCGCAGCCUGUACGCGGGUGUCUUCCUGCCCCUAGGUGUCCCCGUGGCCGUAUUCAAGGAGGUGGCGGCCGCCUGCAACUCCCAGGUGCUCUCCCUGGCUGAGGAGGAGACCUACGCCUCGGAAGGGAAGACGCCCAUCGACCGGCUCUCGUUUCUGCUCUCCGGAAGGAUCCGCGUCUCUCUGGAAGGCCAGUUCCUGCAUUACAUCUUCCCGUACCAGUUCAUGGACUCGCCGGAGUGGGAGUCGCUCGGGCCCUCGGAGGAGGGAAAGUUCCAGGUCACUCUGACUGCGGAGACGGACUGCCGCUACAUCUCCUGGAGGCGGCGCAAACUCCGCCUGCUGCUGUGCCGGGACCGCUACAUCUCGUGCCUCUUCUCCGUCAUGCUGGGCAGCGACAUCGCCGACAAGCUGUACGCGCUCAAUGACAAGCUCUUCGCUCGCAGCAACGUGCGCCUCGACAUCCGGCUGCCCAGCCUUUACCAUGUCCUGGCUCCGCCCUCCUCCGCAGACCGGGGUUCCGCCCACCAGGCGCUGGCCCCGCCCGCCAGCGCGCCCGAACCGGGUACCGCCGAGGGCAACCCGGAGCCCCCGGGCCAGCCCCCCCGCAGCGCGGCCUCCGGGGACCACCUGCCGGGACGUCCUUCCCACCGUCUGCAGAGAGGACGGGCGCCCCUGGCUCCCACCGACACCCCCAAUCUCUGAGGGAGGCUCCGCCCACUGGAUGGACUCGCACACACUUAGCUAAUGGACACAAGUGGGACAAGCGGAGGGUUGGGGCAAGAGGGCCUGCUGCACCCCCUCCCCCUCCCCCGACACUCUCACCGCCGUAUCUCCUCACGUUCAUUCCAGGGACCGCUCGCCAAAGACGAGCGCUACAAGCCUGUCCUGUUCGCUCUCGAACCCGACCCCCCCCGGCCACCGAGAAGCUCCGCCCACAGUACGACCCCACACCCAAUGUUCACGUGUGAUUGGUGGUGUUCGUGAAGUUCUGCCUUAUUCUGCUCACUCUCAAGGACCUCAGCGGUCCUCUGGGUUUUUGUUUCUUCGUUUGUUUGUGGAAAAAUGUUUUAUUUCAAAUAAUAAAGUGUGUUUGUACA